AUGUCAUCAUCAUCCUCAGAAAAACCUCCAGCUCUCGCCACUCAAAACCCUAAAAAAUGGCGUUUCACAUGGGAAGCCCAAUCUCACUCCUCCACACUCCGUUUACUCCUCUUCAAUACAAACGCAACUUGCUCCUUCUCUCAAUUCACAAACCUCAAAGUCAAUUUACUUACCCAGCAAUCUUUACUCAUUGUGAGCUUUUUCGAAGACGAAGCUCAAAUUGAGGUAUCCCUUCAGGUUCCGACUCCUCGUGUUUUGAUUGACGCUGAAUCUCCGGUUCAUUUCAAAGCCUUUGAUGAUCACAUUGAGGUUAAACUCGUUUUGCUACUUCCCCCGGACCAUCCUCUGGUUUCGGAGUUUGAUUCGAUACUGGACUCGCUGAACAAUGGGGUUUGUUUGGAUGAGUGUUGCCCGCUUUCCAUGGAUUCUGAUAUCAAGAAGUUAUCUGCUAUGCAAGAGGUGCACUUUUACUGCAGAAACUGCUCAACUAAGUUGACAAAGGAUCUCAGAACCUUUGAGGAAAUGCCAUCAGUCAACUGGCGAGAAGUCUCUGACAAUUGGUUUGGAACUUGUUGUUGUUCUUUUGGAGGUGUAAGUGAGAAGCUGGUCACAAGAUAUGCAAAGUCCUAUAUGUGUGCACCUGGUGUGGUCCUAUUGAGUGCUACAUCCGUACUUCUCUGCAAGGAUGACCUUUUGGGAUGUGAAUUCCCUGAUGUGAAGGUCAGGCAAGAUUAUGAUAGUGAGCUAAAUUCUACUAGUGAUAGUUGUUUCAAUAUAAGUGCACUAGAAGAUGAAGGUAGAGAAGGACAAACAGUGUGCUUUGAGAAUCAUGAAAAAGGGACAAAUGGCAUUCCUGGAAUUGUUGACAGUUUGUGUCCUGGAGAAGAUAAUCUUGCAUCCAACCUAGAAAGUGAAGGACUAAAACCAGGAGGUGCUGAUGAUUGUUUAUCAUGCACAUCGCAUGCAUUGCAUACUGAAAUAAAUAAAGCAUCAAUAAAUAAAAUGUGUAAUGAAUCAGAAAUCCACUUAGGAAAUUGUGAUACUCAAUGUUGCUCUCUAGAUAGGUCAGAAACCUCUUCAAAGGAGCUAACAGUUGGUACAAAUAAUGAACUUCUUGAAAUUCAGAAAGUAUUUCUUAAUGGCCAUCUGGGGAGUGGUUUCAUGGAAAGAUCUUCCAGUCUCUCUCAAGACAUUCAGUGGAUUGAAUUCUCUUGUCCUCAGUGCUCUUGUUUGAUUGGAGCAUAUCCUUGCUUCAAUGAUAAUGUACCAUUAGAUGGUGGUAUUCGCUUGUUCAAGUGUUAUAUUUCAACCUGCUUACCUGUCUGUGGAUCAAAUGAUAUGUUCAGGUGA